UCUAAAGUUCAGACACGAAACGAAAAGUGUAGUUUACCUAAUGGCUUUGUGUCCAUUAAAGCAAUGAUGGCACCGAAACAAAUGAUUAUUGGGAAUUUGUGUUUGUGUAAGCAAGUUGGCAUCCGAAGAAAUGGCUAAAGCCAGCGGCGCUAAGAAAAGUUUAUCUUCGUGGAUAUCAAAAAAAAACAAAGUUCACGUGGCGAAAAUACCCGUGACGAACAAAGCAGUAACCUUACAAGACUCGUUAAGACCAAUCUUGAUAAUCGGGCAAGCGUUCGGCUUAUUUCCUGUUAUCGGACUGUACAGCAAGUGCGAAGCAAACUUGAGGUUUUACUGGAUUUCCUGGAAAUGCCUUUAUUCAUUAAUACUAUUGAGCGGGCAAAUAUGGAUGUGCAUAAUGUGUUUUAAUAAAAUGUUUCGCUUGGAAACCACAUUGCAGACUACAUCGCCAGCUAUCUUCUAUGGAACUACGUGUAUAUCUAUAGCUUUGUUUCUACAAGUAUCUUUAAAAUGGCCUAAAUUAGUCAAGCACGCAAUUGAAACAGAAGAUCUAGAUCCCAACUUUGAUACAAGUUUGACAUUUAAAUGUUACAUGACUUGCGCCGUUGUUCUUCUGCUAGCCAUAUUAGAACAUAUUCUUUCUCUGCUGUAUGCAUUGAGUGAAGCCAUAGCGUGUUAUUCACAUACACAUACUAGUACGUACGAAGGAUUUGUGAGAGUAUCUUAUCCUUGGGUGUACAGCUUUAUGCCAUAUUCCAUUCCACUGGGCAUGAUAACGCAGUUCCUGCAUUUUCAAGCAACGUUUAUUUGGAACUUCUCUGAUCUAUUUGUAAUAUGUACGAGUUAUUACCUUACUUCACGCCUGGAUAACGUCAAUCGAAAGUUACUAAUAGCACAAGGCAAGUACUUGCCGGCAUCAUUCUGGCGGAGCGCGCGCGAGGAGUAUAGCCGUGUGACGCAGCUUGUAAGGAGAGUUGACGAUGUCAUUAGUGGAAUAGUCUUCAUAUCUUUCGCAAACAACCUAUUCUUCGUGUGUUUACAACUGUUCAAUACUUUAGAAAACGGAAUAAAGGGUACUGGAGCCUGCCGUGCUAGUCGUCUCAAAGGGACGACCCUGUUUGCCGGUUACGAGGGUCCCGCGUACUUCAUCUUCUCUCUCGUGUACCUCAUCAGUCGGUCUGUGGCGGUUUCACUGAUCGCAUCGCAAGUGAACAGCGCAUCUUCGCUGCCUGCUCCAGUUUUAUAUGAUGUCCCGUCACCGGUCUACUGUAUCGAGGUUCAAAGAUUCAUUGAUCAAGUUAAUGGAGAUAAUGUGGCAUUAACCGGCCUGCAGUUCUUCACCGUCACUCGCGAGUUGCUGUUAACGGUUGCCGGAACAAUAGUCACAUAUGAGCUAGUAAUGUUACAGCUUACACCUUCACCUCAAGUACCUAUGGCUAAUGGGACUAUGGCAUAG